AUGGGAAGUGCCAUCAACGCAGUGGCCUUUCCUGCGCCGCACUUGGGCAAAGCAUUCUAUCAGGAUGAGCUCCUGCGAAGGCGAGAUCUCGUGUUCCUGAAAACGGACCAGGAUGAGUCUAUCCCAGCCUGUCAUGUCCGUGCACAGCGAAAGCAUUCCUUUCUCUCUACACCUCCGGUGACAAUCCUGUACAGCCAUGGAAAUGCCGAGGAUGUUGGACUACACCUCGAUUACAUUGAUGCUCUUGCAGAAUAUACAGGUGCCGAUGUGUUCAGCUACGAGUACGUGGGCUACUCACUUUCACGGCUGGACGGUGACACCCCCUCCGAGGCUGGAUGCAUACGAAGCAUUGAUGCAGCUUGGCGAUACCUCGUAGACGAGCAGAAGAUCCAUCCAAGACGGAUUGUGAUCUUCGGUCGCUCUAUCGGUUCUGGUCCGAGCGUGGAUCUGGCCUCCAGAGCUGAAGUUGAGGGAACAGAGUUCUCGCCGUUGGAUGCAGCUGGGGUGAUCCUUCAAUCUCCACUGGAAAGUGGUGCUUACGUCGUUCUGGGCGGCACGGCAGCGACUUUGGGCUACUACUUAGACAUCUUCCGCAACUACGAGAAGAUCGGGAACAUUAAAGCUAAGGUUGCGAUCAUGCAUGGAACAGAUGACGAAGUUGUCCCCUUCUCAAACGGGGAGGCCCUUCAUCGCAAGCUGCAGCAGCCUCACGCGCCGCUGUGGCUGGAAGGCUACGGGCACAACAACAUGCCACAGGAAGACUGCUUCCGGUAUGCCAGGGACUUUAUUGAAUCUCUGAGCCUCGAAUGA